AUGUCAAAACCUGCAGAGGUUUUGGAGGAAGAAGAACUUACCAGAAUAUACGAAUGGGUAGAUUCAAUACCCUUAUCAAGACCAAAAAGGAACAUCGCUAGAGAUUUCUCUGAUGGCGUCCUCAUUGCUGAAAUUUUUAAACAUUUUAUCCCAUCAAUUAUAGAUCUCCACAAUUAUCCACCUGCAAAUGCUGCCAGGCAAAAAUUAGCAAAUUGGGAAACUUUGAAUAAGAAAGUGCUUACUCCUUCUUAGCCUGAAUUUUUGGUAUAUAUAGAGCUAAUUUUUCUAAUAAAUUUUAUUUUCUGUUUAUUUAUUUUGAAUUUUUAAAUACUAAUUUCUAAAUUCAUGCUAAAAUCAAGCUAUAAUAAAUAAUCAUCCCUGUAUUUCAAAAUAGAAAUAAAAAUGGCGACGUUGAAGAAAUUGUCUCUGAGGCGCACUUCCUAUGGAGCAGAUUGGGCCCAUCUUGAUGAAGCUAAAAAUAGAACCUCUAUCUCUUAUGAAGUAGGCCUUGAGGCUUGGGGAAGCCUUGCCGAAGAGGGAAAUUUUGUUUCUCCCUAACUCCCCCCCCAUCCUUGAUCGAAAGACUCGCCAUCGUUCGAUCAAGGAUGGGGGUUAAAAAAAUUUUUUUGGGAAAAAAAUUUAUAUAUAUAUAUUUUUUUUAUUUACUUUUAAAUCAGAGUUUUAAGAGUAAUUAAUAACUAUUUCUAAAGCAAAAAAUUGAAUUAAUUUCAUAAAAAUACUAAUUUUUUAAUAUUUUGAUUUAUUAAUUACCCCUUUUAAACUGUAUAAAUUUUAAUUUGUUCCUUAUGGAAUUAAAAUUGUUUUUUAAAAAUUUUAAAGAAUCUCUAUUUUAUUAGAUUAUUGAGUUUUUAAGCCUAGGUUGAUGACUAAGUCACUUCGAAUAGUGAUUCCGUAGCUUUCUGUUGUUUCAAAGCUUCUGAAAACAGCUUCAUUAUGUACAUCUUCCCAAGCUUUUGAUAGCAAAUAUAUUUUAAUAUAUAUAUAUAUAUAUAAAAAUUUGCAUGAUAUGAAAAUCGUUCGAUCAAGGAUGGGGGUUAAUUUUCCCCAAUUUUUAGGAAUUUUUACAGUCAAUCGUUCGAUCAAGGAUGGGGGGUGGGAGUAAAGGUUUUCCUGUCCCUGCCAGAUGGGCUAUACAGUUUUGCCUCUCACAUAGUCUUUUGGCUAUUCGGAAUUUUGGUUGGGCCUUACACCAUUUGCAAUCAGUUAUGUAUGCGCCUAGUGUAGGUCCGUGCUCUCAUACGACGAAUAUUUUAUAAAGAGACUUUUUUUUUGGCCUAUUUUCUUUUUGGCUUAUUUUUUUCGACCUAUUUUUUUACCUAUUUUUUGAUCUAUUUUAUUUUUAGAAUGUUUAUUACUUAAUUAUUUUUGAACUUUUGUUGGUCUAUUUGCUUUGGAAAUGAUUCCAAAUUGACUAUUUCGAGGUGAUUUUCAAUUAAUUUUAGUCUAUUAUUGUUUUGGCAGAAUAUAUAUUAUAAAAUUUUUAGCAAAAAUAAAUUAGUCAAAAAAAUAGGCCCAAAAAAAAAGGCCUAUAAAAGCCCAACAAAAUAGGCAAAAAAAUAGCUGUUAUGAAAUAGGUGCUGCGUGAAAAAACCAUUGUAAAUCGCCUUCCUGAUGCCAAGAUAGUCCAGCUAUUGGUAGCUUAUGCCUGCAUAAAACUUUUAACUAAAUAGCUAACUAACUUAUAUUUCAAAAAAUUAUAUAGGGAAAUUUUUUUAUAUUAAAAUAUCCUUUGUUUACUCAUAGGGAUUAAUUUUCUAAAACAGUUAUCCUUACUCUAAUUUUUAAUUUCCACCACAUUUUGAGUUUUCAUUAUGGCUUAACUUAGCAUGUAAAUGUAAUUCAUGCACAAAGUUCAAUAGAAAAAUUGCAAUUCAUAAUCGAUUUUCUUAAUGACUUACUCUCUCAUUAAGCGACGAUUUAGUAGAUUGGAUUUUCAAAUGGACGUAAGAGCUAUAAAUGAUAUAGUUAACUGCGUUCCAGAAGCCAUUGAAAAAGUUUUGAAAAUCUUCAAAGAAAAAGUAAGGAAUAUUUAGAUUGAAAUUUAUUUAGCUAAAAACAAGCCAAGAAAUUCUAUAUCGCCUAAGCUAAAAAAUAAUGGAGAUAGGCCAAGAGAUGAUGAAGUGCUGCCAAGUGAACUAAUAGAAAAAGAAGAAAUGAUCCAGCAGCUCAGGGAAACCAUUGAAGUUAUGGAGCUUAAAAUUAAGCAGCUAGAAGAAAUAUGCGAGAUUAAGGAGGAUAAAAUCGCUGAUCUUGAAAAAAGAAGUCAAGAAGCAGGCUUAGCUUAA